AUGACACCCUUCAUUCUUUUGCCAGUGAUCCUUGCUAUUGCCGCAGCCUGUGGAUUACCAGACCACAUUGGACCAACCCCUCCUGUCAAAACUGUGAUUAAUAAUGUUCAUCUUUUCAACGGCGAUCGCUUUUCUGAUCUCUCUUCGCUUGUAAUUGUGGGCGGAAAAAUCAGCAAUGCCCCCCCAACCAGUGCAGACCAUGUGGUAGAUGGCGCAGGGGGUUAUCUCAUUCCCGGUCUCGUUGACAGCCACUGCCAUGUUACGGACUGCUCCUAUCUGACAUCCAUGCGGCAAUACGGCAUUACAAGUGCACUAGACAUGGGAACCUACCCCUACUCCAACUUGUCUGCUUGUAAGGCUGAGGGCGUCACGGAUGUUCGUGGAACAGGUGCAGCAGCUACGGUAAAUGGCACUGAUAUAAGCCAGGCGCCUGGCUUUCCAACCAACUCCUUCGUGAAUAGUACUGCAGCUGCGCAGGAUUUCGUUCGUGAUCGGGUCUCGGAAGGCGCGGACUUCAUCAAGGUCUUCCUCGAUCCUCUAGGUCCGAGUGCGGAAACAGUCGCGGCCAUCGUCAACGCUGCCCACCAGAAUGACAAACUGGUCAUCACCCAUGCAACAACCUACGAUGCCUACGACACUGCGGAAGAAGCUGGCGUCGACAUUGUCUGUCACGCCCCCUUAGAUGACCCCCUCGACGCAUCCUCCAUUGAAAACCUGAUCCAGAGUGAAAUCACGGCUGUGCCAACCUUGAUCAUGAUGCAGUCAAUUGUCAACAAUACUGGUGCUCCGUUGGAUGUCUACACCCAAGUAGUGGAGGCAAGCGUCACCAAUAUGCAGAACGCAGGUGUUCCUAUCCUGGUUGGGAGCGAUUCCAACACCGCCCCAUUCGUGCCCGCGAAUCCUCCGUUCGGAGUUUCACUCCACGACGAGCUUGAGCUUCUUGUUGCAGCGGGCCUUUCGCCCGUGCAGGCUCUUCAAGGAGCUACCUCUAUGGCAGCUUCCACAUUUGGGCUGUUUGAUCGAGGAGCGAUUCGGACCGGUCUGCGGGCCGACCUGGUUCUUCUUCGAGCUGAUCCAACCACCGAUAUUCGAAAUGCUCGGUCGAUUGAGAAGGUAUGGAUUGAAGGUGUGUAG